AUGCCAGGCAAAAGUGUGGAGGAGCGGCUUGUGGAGCGCUUCAUGCGGUACUCCGCCAUCUCAAGCCAGAGCAACCCGGCCAACGUCGGCAAGUGCCUGCCGACGUCCCCGGGGCAGCAGGAGCUUGCGGAGCUGGUUGCGGCAGAGCUGCGCGCCGGUGGCCUCGACGACGUCGUGUGCGACAACCACGCGACGGUGACGGCGGUGAAGCGGGGACGCAGAAAAGGCUGCCCGACCGUCGGCUUCAUUGUUCACCUCGACACCAUCGACGUUGGCCUCAGUCCGGUGGUGCGGGCGCAGAAGUUGCGCUACGAGGGCGGGGACGUCUGCCUUAACAAGGAGCAGGACAUUUGGCUGCGGGCGGCGGAGCACCCCGAGAUUGCGCAGUACGCCGGCCAGGAAAUUUUGUUCAGCGACGGCACGAGUGUCCUUGGCGCGGACAACAAGGCGGCGGUGACGACGGUGGUGGAGAUGAUCACAAGUCUGCGGCCGGAGGACGAGCACGGGGACAUCAUUGUCUGCUGCGUCCCGGACGAGGAGGUCGGCCUCGUGGGCGCCAAGCACCUCGACCUGGCCUCCCGCUUCAACGUGGACUUUGCCUACACCAUCGACUGCUGUGAGCUGGGCGAGGUGGUGUACGAGAACUUCAACGCCGCCGGCGCCACAAUCACCUUCACCGGCGUCACGGCGCACCCCAUGUCGGCGAAAGGGGUGCUGGUGAACCCGUUGCUGAUGGCCGUGGAUUACAUUUCACGCUUCGACCGCAACGAGACGCCGGAGUGCACGGCGGGAAAGGACGGCUACCACUGGUUUGCGGAGAUGACCGCGAACCAAAGCGAGGCCGUGCUACAAGUGAUGGUGCGCGAGUUUGACCUGGCGAAGUUUGAGGAGCGCAAGCAGAAGCUGCACACGGUGGCCAGGGAGAUCCAGCAGCUGCACCCCACCGGACGCGUGCAGGUGCGGGUGGCAGACCAGUACCGCAACAUCGCCGACUCCCUCGGCGGCGACCGCACGGCGGUGGACAUCAUCUUUGAGGCGAUGCGGGCUGCGGGCGUGGAGGCCAAGGUGACCGCGAUGCGCGGGGGAACCGACGGGGCGGUGCUCUCCGCGAAGGGCAUCGUAACGCCAAAUUACUUCACCGGCGCACACAACUUCCACUCGAAGUUCGAGUUUCUGCCGGUGCCGUCGCUGCUCAAGUCGUACGAAGUGACGCGGCAGAUUGUCUUCCUGGCGGCCAAACGCGCGAAGCCGCGGCUGUGA